AUGGUUAUUUCAUUACUCGAACUCGAUAUUGUGACCGAUUUAAAAAUUAUGAAAUUUUUAAAUGAUAGACUUAUCGAAAAAAUUUAUAAUUUAUAUGCAUUACUGCCAUUCACAGUGCACAUAAAAACAAAGCUACCAAGGCCACCAAUAUUUCUUCCGCCAAAAAAUGUAUAUAAUAGCAACAAAACUGAAGAAAAGAUUUGUUAUCAGUUGCAUAUUCUUGUGCUAAUAUAUAUUGAAUUAUUUACUCAAUCCAAUAUGCUCAUUUCUUCCAUUGAUAAAUUGUGCUCAUAUUUCCUCGGUGCAUGUACGUUAGACGAAUUGAACAAUGGAAGACAAUUGAACGUGAAUAGUGGCGAUCUUUCUUUACUUAAUUUCAUCCAGCUCAUACUAGUAAUUUUAAGAUGGGUUAACGAAGCGACACCAGAUGAUAUUCAACAUUUAAGUUCAAUGUUCGAUUAUUUCCGCAAAUUUCGGUCAGCGUUUCCAAAUACGGGUGAGUUCAAUGAACGAAAUCGUCUUCGUUGGAAGAAAUAUCUUUUCGAAAAAAUUAUGUCGGAAAAUAUUUGCGCUACUGCAAGAUUUAUCUCGAAUUGUUGGACAUCAUUCUUUUGCCCACUGCCAAAUGAAAGACUAGUCGAUCUAAAAUUGGCUCUACAAUGCGAAUAUUUUGUUUCGAGCGAAGAAUUACCCAAACCCAAACCCGCUUGCAUGGUUUCAAGCAAAAAAGAGAACUUAAUAUCCAAAUAUACGAAUCAUCCAAAGCCAUCUAGUUUGUUGUUCAUGUUGGAAAAAAAAGAAAAUACGAACAAAAUUGGAGAAACCAAUGUACUACGCAAAUUUAAAACUGAGACCAACCUUGCGAAACAAUUUGAAAUAUCGGAAAAUCAAGCUAUGCACAGCUUGAAAUUUACCAACUCUUUUUUUCAAAGCAACCAGAAGUGCGAAAAUACGAUGAACCAUAAUCAUGAUGACCGUGAACAAAAAAAUUUUCUUAAUACUGAAAUGGCUUCGAAUCGAAGUUUAAUAUUAAUUAAUGAUGAGAUAAAUUCGCUAGAUUCAACUCGAGAACCGCAGAAACCGAAUAUUGAAAGGCUUCAGCUUGAACUAUUAUCGCCCGAACCAUUGAUUAAAGCUCGAAAAACUAAAACAAAGACGAUGGAUUCGUCAAGCUUUCGUAGCUCGAGUUCCCCAGAUACUGGCUAUUCUGAUUCGUUCCCUACUUGGUUAAGAUUAUUGCCAUCGGAAGAAACCGAUCAUUUAUUACAAUUGCCUUCAAACUGCCAUAGAAAUACAGAAGGAGAUGAAUGUUGCACGCAUAAUGAAGCAAUUCUCGAAAAACGGCAAAUUUAUCGUGGAACCAAGAAGAUGGAUCAAAAAUUUCAGCUUAUCACGGUGAUAAGAAAAGCACCAUUUUAA